CGGCUCUUGCGAUUGGUUGGGACGACGCCGAGAGCCUAUCCUCAGCUGACUCAAUAGGAACCAGCUCUUGGGGUUUUUUAUUUCUUUAUUUUUUGCAAGAGUUUCAGUUUAGGCAGAAAAACCUGGAGAAAUCAGGGCGCUGGAGCAGGGCUGACAAGAGGAGAAGAGAAGCGGUGGUAAGGUGCAGGAAGAAGAGGCGCAGGAAGAAGCGUGGAUUAAAAGAGUUAAAAGAAGACAAGGAGUUAAACGAAGAGGCGAAAAGGAGAAGGAAGAGGAGGGUCUGACGAGCAAGGCUGCAACUGCUGUAGCAGGGACCACGUUUCCUGCGCUUUUGGAGAUAAGCGCAAAAAGGCGCAAAAAGAGGGAGCCUUUUGUGGAAAGUGGCAGCCCAGGAGCAACCCCAGGAGUUAAGGGGCUGCUGGGUCUGGGGUUCCCCCCACCCCGAGCUGCAACAUCUUGGAGGCACGGAUCGCCACCAGCUGGCGCUGUUCGUGGCUGGCUGGGUGGGCGAAGAACUCAUUUGCACAUUGACCGCCCCGCUGGUUUGCCCGAACCCUUUUUUGCAAGGUAUUUUUUUAAAUAAAGGGAGUUUUGGUAGGCAAGAAAACGCGUCGAAGAACUCGUCGAAGAUGAGACAAGAUGUCUGACAAAAUGUCUAGCUUUCUGUACAUCGGGGAUAUCGUCUCCCUCUAUGCCGAGGGCUCGGUGAACGGCUUCAUCAGCACUCUGGGGCUGGUGGAUGACAGAUGCGUGGUUCAACCAGAGGCAGGUGAUCUUUGCAAUCCUCCUAAGAAAUUCAGAGACUGCCUUUUUAAGGUAUGUCCUAUGAACCGAUACUCUGCACAGAAACAAUACUGGAAAGCCAAGCAAGCAAAACAAGGGAACCACACGGAAGCCGCAUUGCUGAAGAAGCUGCAACAUGCUGCAGAACUGGAACAAAAGCAGAAUGAAUGUGAGAACAGGAAACUGCUGGGUGAAAUUGUGAAGUACAGCAACGUCAUACAGCUACUUCACAUAAAAAGCAACAAAUACCUUACAGUGAAUAAGAGGUUGCCAGCCCUAUUGGAGAAGAAUGCUAUGCGGGUCUCUCUGGAUGCUGCUGGGAAUGAGGGGUCCUGGUUUUACAUCCAGCCCUUUUGGAAACUGAGGAGUGAAGGUGACAAUAUUGUUGUAGGGGACAAAGUUGUGCUGAUGCCGGUCAAUGCAGGGCAGCCUCUUCAUGCCAGCAACAUAGAACUUCUGGAUAACCCUGGGUGCAAAGAGGUAAAUGCGGUCAACUGCAAUACCAGCUGGAAGAUAACUUUAUUCAUGAAAUACAGUUGCUACAGAGAAGAUGUACUCAAAGGUGGAGAUGUUGUCAGAUUGUUCCACGCAGAACAGGAGAAGUUUCUGACCUGUGAUGAGUAUCAGAAGAAGCAACAUAUCUUCCUUCGGACAACACUGCGUCAGUCAGCCACUUCUGCAACUAGUUCUAAAGCUCUGUGGGAAAUAGAGGUGGUGCAUCAUGAUCCAUGCCGUGGAGGAGCAGGGCAAUGGAACAGCCUGUUCAGAUUUAAACAUCUAGCGACUGGAAACUACUUGGCUGCAGAGCUUAAUCCACACUAUCCAGAUGGUAGUAAUGGGGAAAAGGCUUUGAGAGACAGCGAACUUCUCAUUCCAAAGAAGAAACGACAUGCUGGGGAAAAAAUUAUGUAUACGCUGGUGUCUGUGCCACAUGGAAAUGAUAUUGCCUCUCUUUUUGAACUGGAUGCUACCACCCUUCAGCGAGCUGACUGCCUGGUUCCAAGAAAUUCUUAUGUGCGACUGAGACACCUGUGCACCAACACAUGGGUCACCAGUACCAGUAUCCCAAUAGACAAAGACGAAGAAAGGCCUGUGAUGUUAAAGAUUGGGACCUGCCAAACGAAAGAAGACAAGGAAGCAUUUGCUAUUGUGUCUGUUCCUCUGUCUGAGGUUAGAGAUUUGGAUUUUGCUAAUGAUGCCAACAAGGUUUUAGCAUCCACAGUUAAAAAGUUGGAGAAUGGCUCUGUAACUCAAAAUGAAAGGAGGUUUGUAACCAAGCUGUUGGAAGAUCUCAUUUUCUUUGUUGCUGAUGUGCCCAAUAAUGGCCAGGAAGUGUUGGAUGUGAUGGUCAUUAAGCCCAACCGAGAGAGGCAAAAAUUAAUGAGGGAACAAAAUAUAUUGGCACAGAUAUUUGGGAUCUUGAAAGCUCCAUUUAAAGACAAAGCGGGAGAAGGAGCCAUACUGAGACUUGAAGAUCUGGGCGACCAGAGAUAUGCCCCAUACAAAUACAUGCUGAGGCUUUGUUACAGAAUCCUCCGGCAUUCCCAGCAGGACUACAGGAAAAACCAGGUUUUUCUCUUGCCUUCUCAUGUGGCUACAUAAUUGUAUACAGUGGACUCCUUGGUUGUGCUUACAAAUUCAUUGAAUCCAGUGGAAUGACUGCUGCAGGAGAGUAAUGCCAACUUGAUUUUAUGGAAC